AUGAAUAAUAUCGAUCAUACACGUCUUGCUCGAUUACGUCCAGAAAAACUUGAUGAUGUGGCUGUUAAAGAACAAAUAUUUUUAAUACAACAAACAUGUGAUGAUGUUGAUCCAGAAAUCAUAGCCCUUGUCUUUCAUGAAUGUGAUUAUAAUAUGCAACAAACGAUAGCUCGACUACGAGCACGAGAUUAUGAGGAUGGUGGAUGGCAAAAAGCUAAACCAAAUAAUAAAAAGAAAAACCAUAGCAAUAACAAUCACAAUGUAGGUGAUCAGAUAAUAAAUGGUAUUACUUCAAGUGAUAAUGAACGAUCUCUAUCUCAACGUACUUCUCCUAUAUCAUCUAUUCGUGAUACACAUCGUCGAAAUGAUCAUUAUCAAUAUUCGUCAUCAAUGCGUACGAAUAAUACUGGACGACGUGGAAAUGAUUCAAAUCGCAAUCAUUUUCUUUCACCACAUACACGUUAUUCAUCUAAUACGAAUCCCAUAAAUAAAUCAAUUCCAUUACCAAAACAAUCUACAUCAUCUCAAUCAAUACCGAGUGAACCAUCAUCAUCAUCAUUACCUAAACAAUCAAAUGAAGAAAUACCACAGAGAACUUCACCAUCAAUAGAUGAAUAUGAGUUUGUUGAUGGUAUACCACAAUCAUUAAGUUUUGAUAAUAGUCAAAAGAAAAUACCAUUACAACAAUCUUCAGAAAAACGUCGAAUAGUACCAACAAUUCCUCAAAAACCUGUGUCAAUGCAUCCGACAAUACAAUUUUCAACUGAACCAAUUGAUAUACAAUUUGGUGAUGUUCAAUGGAAAGAUUCAGUAGCUAGAGCAGUUACUCCGUCCGAUGAUACAUCUGUAUCGACAACAUUUAAUAAACAUGAACAAAAUAUGUCAUCAAUUGUAAACGCUCAAGAUCAUGAAUCUAAUCAAGAUGCUCAAGAUAAUUUAUCAUCGAAUUAUAUCGGUCAUUCUGGAACGAAUGAAACUGAUAUUCAAUUUCUUGAAACUACAAAUCAAUUAUCAUCAUCAUCAAUCAAUGAUAAUACAAUAUCAAAUAAUUUGUCCAUUGUUCCUACUGAAGGUACAUCUCAUUUAUCUGAUCAUUUAACUAGUACAUCAUCUCCUGUUGCAACUCAAUCUUCAUCUCAAUUACAAGCACCAAUACAAAUUCCUAUUACACGUUUACCACCUACAUCAACACCACGUGCUUCUGAAUAUACUUCACCAACAUCUCAAUUUAUACCAAACAAUCCUCAACAAAAUAAUGCAACAACUACUGCAUCAGCAUUUACUCCAUUUAAUAAUCUUGGCAAUUAUCCAUCUAUACCAAGAGAAUAUCCUCAGACAACAGCAACAGCAACUUGGAAUCCACAAUCAUCAAACUAUAAAACAAACCCUAAAGCACCAGCGCUUCCAAUAGGUACCUAUUCACAACAAACUUCGUAUCAAAUACCACCUCAACAACAACAACAGCAACAACAAAUCUUUGUUGGACCUUAUCCAUAUCCUACUUUAUCACCAACGGUCGUUCAAGUAUUUGCACCUCUUGAUCAUUGGUCAACUACUGGAUUUUCAGCACCAUUAGAAUCUUAUCAAUAUCCAACUACUAAUUACAUACCAACAUAUCCAAAUCAACCACAAUAUCAUCCACCAACUAAAUAUGAUCAACAUUCUUAUGAUAAAGAAUUUUUUGCUCAUUAUGGACAAACAUCUGCACCAAAUAAUGAUUUAUCAUAUCCACAACAACAAUCAUCUACAUCGUCACAACCUACAAAAGAGAUGCAUAUAGCAAGUAAAUUAUCACCAACAGCAGCUACAUUCUCUCAGGGUGCUCCAUUAACAGCAUCACCUUCCUCAACUGCUCUUUAUUUAAAUCCAGUUGCAUUUUCAAUACCGAAUUAUAUGCCAACAGUUAGUGGAUCAACAUAUCAAGAUCAAAUCUUAUCUCAUUCUUCGAUAAAUAAUCGUGAUAAUCGUAAUGGCGCUUCAUAUGGUAAUGCUAACAAUCGAAAUAAUUAUUAUCAUCAUGGCCAACAACAACAACAACAACGUACACAUAAUAACAAUGCAUCAAAUUCCACUUGGCAUUUGCAACAGUAG